AUUACCCCACUUCGUUAUUUGUACCCGACAGAGCAACACGAAAAAUUUAAUAAGUAGAAAUGAAACGUGCUAAAUACAAUAAUCGUGACCGUAACCAAGAUCGAUCUAAACAUCACCGUGAUCGUGCUAAUAAGAAAAGAAAAUUAGAUGCUAUUUUGGAAGAGGUGCGACGAAUUAGAGAUGAUAUCUCUAAUUCUUCUAGUGCGAGUAAAUACGACUCCUCGUCAUCAUCAUCAUCUGCAAGCGAUACUGAGGAAAUGACACAUUCUUCGGGCCAAACUGUGGAGACAAACAAUGAACAGGACAAGGAUAAAACCACAACAACCGAGGAAAACCCAAAUAUACUUAUUGACCUGCUCGGCUCAAAUCCCGAUAAUUUAAAUAAACAAAUUGACCCUUUACAUGAGGAAAUAUGUUUGCGUUGGGAUGUAUACCUGAAACAAGGAUUAAAUAAAGAACAAAAGGAGGAAUUAAUGAAAAAAUAUCCAAUUUUUGAAAACUGCAAACUGAUGACACCACCUAAAUUAAAUGCAGAAAUCCAACAAUGCAUGGAUAAUAAAGCCACACGACAUGAUCAAUUUUUGGAGAAACUCCAACUUCAAACUGCCCAUGCCCUAUCAGCAACGGGAGUUGAAUUAAAUAGAGUUCUAAAGUCAGAAGAUCAAGAAAAAUCAAAAGAAACGUGUUCCACCCUCGCAGACAUUGGUCAACUGCUAUGCAAUAUUCAUCACGCUAUUACUACAAGCAGGAAAUACCAAAUCCUGCCUUACCUAAAUUAUAAUUCAAGAAAGCUGAUAGAAAAUAGUAGUAGAGAUGAAUUCCUCUUAGGUUCAAAGUUUGCCGAAGAUGUAAAAGCGACAGAAGCUGUUCAAAAAGUCGCAAAAGAUUUAAAAAUAAUAUCCAAAAAAAAUUUCACAAACAAACCAUCCACAUCAAACCAACAACCACAAUCGUCGGAAUAUAAUUCAAAAAAUAACAAAAAGCAACGAGAGCAUUUAAACUACUCGCGACGUCGUCAGAGUCCGAAGAAGAAAUUCAACAGGGAUUAUCAUCAGAAUCAUCGCAGGCGGAGUCCAACCAGGAGACGUUAAAUGAGCCUGCCGCAUCCACUAUACAAAUCACUUACCCUGGUUGCAGGGAAUUUGUCAGGAAAAAAUGGAUAGAAAAUAAAAUUCCACAAAAAGCAAUCCCUACUAUGUUGAACUCUAUUUCGGAAAAUACAUUGAAACAAUAUAAUACCGUUCUUAAAAAUUGGUGGGAAUUUUCAAUUAAACACACACAAAAUCCGUAUGAAUAUAGUCUAGAAAAAAUAUCUAAUUACCUUAUAGAAAUUUCAGAAAGAAAAAUAUCAUAUUCAAAUGUUAACACUCAUAAAUCCGCGCUUGCCUUUUUAUUUUCCAUUAAAUUAGAAGACGAAAAAAUAUUAAAAAGAAUACUCAAAGGAAUAUACAAUAAAAAACCACCUACUCCGAAAUACGCUUCAACAUGGGAUCCUAAUCCAGUUCUAUCUUUCCUGAAAAAUUUGCAUCCACUGCAGUCAUUAAAUCUUCGCCAAAUUACUCUUAAACUAGCUAUGCUUCUUGCGCUCACGACAGGUCAUAGAGUCCAGACAUUUUCUUUAAUCGAAUUAAAAAAUAUAGUAAUAUUAGAUAAUAAAAUAGAAAUUAAAAUACCAGAAAAAGUAAAAACGUCAGGAAAAAAUAGGUAUCAACCGUUUAUUGUCUUGCCAUUCUUUCAAGAAUGCCCUGAACUCUGUGUGGCAUCAGUUCUCCAACACUAUAUGGAAAAAACUAAAAAUUUACGUCCAGAAAACGAACGUUUUUUAUUUAUCACCUAUAAAAAACCGUUUCAUAGAGCCACAACUCAAUCUAUCAGCCGAUGGUUGAAAUCAACACUUCACGAAAGUGGAAUAAAUACAGAAAUUUUCUCUGGUUAUAGUACGAGACAUGCGUCUACAUCCGCUGCAUAUAGAAAAGGUGUUAAUAUAGAAACAAUACGUAAAACUGCAGGGUGGACGCAUGCUUCGGAAACAUUUAAUAAGUUCUAUAAUAAACCGGUUACUUCUUCACAUUCAGAAGAAUUCGCU